AGACCCCCCUUUGUGACAGGACCAACUACAUAAGCGCUUUGGAGUACUUAUCCAGGUGUUUCUUGUCCUUUCCAUACUACCGUAAAAGAUGCUUACCAAAAACUACCUGUGUUUAUUGAGCUCAACGUGAAGGUAGAAUCAAAUAAUAAAACGGUUGUGGUCCAAGCAAGAAAGGCCACAAUACACGCGAACCUCUCAGAGUACAGAGAUCAGUAUGAACUUGUGACAGAUGCUCUGACGGCGUUUGAGAAGGAACACUGGUGGAAUAAGCCUACACACAACUGGGUGAAAGUUUCUGGCUCACAGGUCCUCCCCUGCUUUCAUGAAUAUUCAGCAGCUGUCACUGCGUGGGUGGAGACAGUCGGGCUAUAAAUCCCAGCAGUAUCCAGCAAAGGUACGUUCUCGAGCUGGUGAGUUGGAGUAGGACCUGCGACCAGAACAAACUACCAAGCACCUCGCAGUCUUCACACAACCUUCAUCUUCGCCGCUCAGCCACCGCAAAUGGACGGCAUGCAGGAUCUGAUCCCCUUCGCCAAAGAGAUGCUGAGCCAGAAACCCAGCCGCGGUUUGCUGAAGGUCUACCUGGUGGGUUCUGCGUUUGCAGUACUGGGCACGCUCGUCGGCCUGGUGGAGGCCGUGUGUCACCCUUUCUCCUGCGGCGAGCCCAUGGACUCGGAGAUGGUCCUCAUGUUGGCCCGGGAGCGGAGAACUGUUGGGGUCGAGACGCGGGGUGACGCGGCGGACGAGGAGGAAACGGCGACUCGUGAGAAAGACGCCGUCACCCAGAGCACCAUCAUCUACAAGACCCACAAACUCAACCAGCGGAGCGUCGCCAACCGGCUGCACGCCUCCUAAAGCCAAAGGGGUCAGCCCCUACUGACUGAAGAUAUUUAUCAAGGAACCGCUCCUGCCACGCCGCAGACCCGUGCAACACGUAGAUAAUCUGAGGCUUUAGAGACAAAAGUGUCUGAGCUACCUGCCAUUCUGUGCUGCUAGUUAACGGUGCCCACAAGCGCUGUCAGAAGCGCUGUCUAAGUAUGCCCUAACGCAUUGGAUGCACUUAAAAGACCCCAAAAGGUUCCGGUGGCAGCCGAUCCGGGUGAAAUUGAGACUUUCUGACAGGCAGAGGCCUGUUGGGAGUGUACAUUCCCUCAGUGAGACGGGUAUUGGGAUCCUGGGUCCUCAGCAAACGGAAAGAUUGUUCAAUGUCACAAUAAGUUUGCUAUAAAAUGUUAUUUCUCUCUUAUUCAUCCCCGGAGGAAGGGUUUCUUUUCCUGAAGGUAGUCUGGAAAUGAAUCUAAUCAGGGUUAUAUGAACAGCUCUCGAUGUCGCCCUGAGGUAAAUGUGAGCUACAUGAACCCCCAUUAUUUAUUCUGUUGCUGGUUUCCACAAAAAAAACAGUGAAAAAAAACCCAUUUUGUUCAGAUUUCACAACCCAAAAUGAAGCGCGUGAAGUUAAGAGAGCGUGAGCGCGCUGUGAGCUGCUGCGUAGCGCCACCUGGCUUCCAGCGGACGCAUCGGAUCUGCCAAUCCAAGCGCUCACUGCGUUCAAGAGGAACAGCCCGAUGCUCUGUGUAUAUGCUGUAAAUAUACGACCUUUUUCAUACCAAUAAAGUUGAUUUCAUUUAUAAACUC